ACACACACGCAAAAGCAAAGAGUUCGUCACACGUUAUACUUUAAAGACCAAGAAAACACACCACCCAAGAACCAACAUCUUCUAGUUUUUUCCACCAUUUCCACAGAUUCAACACAAAUUCAUAGACCCAGAUUCUCUCUCUUCAUUGAACGGAUUAAAAACCUACAGUAUUUUCCAAUCAUUCCAUAAACGCUCGAAUUCCAUCAAAACCGGUGCUUUUUCUUUGACUUUCUCAAAAACCCAAUUCAACAACUGCCUGGACUUUGAUGGAUUCCAAUUCUUCUACCUCCAAUACCAUUUCAAUCUCUUCGACUUUCACCUCCCCUUUCGAGAGCUCGCCGAGGGCCAACGGAACGAAUUCUCCGGUCCGAAAGCCCCUUAGCUUGUGGCCUGGAAUGUACCAUUCGCCGGUGACCAAUGCUCUAUGGGAAGCAAGGUCCAAAAUUUUUGAAAAACUCCUUGACCCACAAGUUGAUGCUCCUCCACAAAGUGAAUUACUCACAAAAACUCCAUCUGAGAGCCGAACGGCAAUUCUGUUCAAUUUUUCGACUGAUUAUAUAUUGAGGGAGCAGUAUAGAGAUCCAUGGAAUGAGGUCAGAAUUGGGAAAUUGCUUGAAGACCUUGAUGCCCUUGCUGGAACAAUCUCAGUCAAGCACUGUUCUGAAGAUGAUAGCAUGACAAGGCCACUCAUGCUGGUCACUGCUUCUGUUGACAAAAUGGUGCUGAAGAAGCCAAUCAGUGUUAAUGCUGAUCUGAAAAUGGUUGGUGCAGUCAUAUGGGUUGGGCGGUCUUCAAUUGAGAUUCAACUGGAAGUCAUUCAGCCCAUAAAUGAGAGCUCUGAUGCAUCCGAUUCAAUUGCUCUUACUGCCAAUUUCAUAUUUGUGGCCCGUGACUCCAAGACAGGGAAAGCUGCUCCGGUCAAUCGACUCUCUCCUGAAACUGAACGAGAGAAGUUACUUAAUGAAGAAGCAGAAGGAAGAAAUAAAUUAAGGAGAAUGAAGAGAGGAGAUGGCAGAAAGGAGUUUGAGAAUGGGGAAGUAAAUAGACUUGAAGCACUCUUGGCUGGGGGACGGAUCUUCUGUGACAUGCCAGCGUUGGCAGAUAGAAACAGUAUUCUUCUUAGAGAUACUCGACUUGAGAACUCUUUGAUUUGCCAGCCACAGCAAAGGAAUAUUCAUGGUCGGAUCUUUGGGGGUUUUCUGAUGCAGCGAGCAUUUGAAUUAGCUUUCUCAACAGCUUAUGCUUUCGCUGGCGUGAUGCCAUGCUUCCUAGAAGUUGAUCAUGUUGAUUUCUUAAGACCUGUGGACGUUGGAGAUUUUUUGCGAUUCAAAUCAUGUGUUCUAUACACGGAAUUCGAGAACAUGGAUCAGCCACUAAUUAACAUUGAAGUCAUCGCCCAUGUUACAAGGCCUGAGCUAAGGUCAAGUGAGACGUCAAAUAUGUUUUAUUUCACAUUCACGGUCUGUCCAGAGGCAAAAGCUGUUGAAAAUGGAUAUAGGAUUCGGAAGGUGGUUCCUGCAACAGAGGAGGAAGCACGUCGAAUUCUGGAGCGCAUGGAUGCUAAGGCCUUGCAGUCAGUAAAACAUGUGAACAAGUAAACUUCUAUUUAUUAUAAAUCACAUGCACGAAGCUUGUAUGACAAAAUUUCUAGACCGAAAAGAAAUUAGUAAGUGUGGCUUAGAUGUUGUUUUCAAUUCUAGUGGCUUAACAAUCCACAAUAUUCAUGCGUUUCUGUACUGAAAUUUGGUUUCGAAGUUAUACAGAUGUAUGUGUGUUGGGUUUCUACAAGAACUUCCAACAGAUAAUGCAAAUUUGGUAUGUUCUCAUUCCUCAA